AUGGAAAAAUCUGUUAGGGUUUCUUUCUUUUCCAAAAAUCAGAAACAGGGUUUCUACUUCCUCCCCCUAAAAUCAAAGAGAGUAUCUUCAUCUUCAUCCACCGCUCCAGAUCGCCAAGCUGCUCCAGAUCGCCAAGCUGCUCCAGAUCGGCGAGCCCUUCAGUUCAUGCUUGGUGGGGCGUUGCAUUCCAAAACCCAAAUGGGAAACUUGCAUUGGUCGCAUAAACGUUCACUAGUGCUAUGUUUGUUGGGAAUGCUUUUAAUACCUUCCUUGUGUCAAAGUAAAGUAGCAACUGGUGUUUACAUUGUUACUCUGAGACAAGCUCCUGCUUCUCACUACUAUCAUGAGUUUUGUGCUAUAUUUGAGAGAUUGUAUGAUCUUUUGGUUCUUUCAGACAUCAGAGUGUUACAAAGGCAGAUCAGGGAUAUGGUCUUUAAGGGGGAGACAUAUCUGAAGCUCUAUAGCUAUCAUUACUUGAUUAAUGGAUUUGCUGUGCUGGGGGAUUGUUUGUCUUUAGACAAACAAAUUGAAUACUUCACCUCAACUGUGGCCAACGAUCUUCCAAGAAACAUACAUAGCAAAACAAAACUAAGGCAUUACUUAGCCAAUUCCUUAUAUCUCUUAUCAAUUGGAUCUAAUGAUUACAUGUUGAAUUAUUUCAAGUAUCCAAAUGGAACCAAUAACAAUCUAAAUCCAGAAAAAUAUGCANAUUACCUACUUGAACAACUGGUUUCACGUAUCAAGAAAAUUUAUGAUCUUGGAGCUCGAAAGUUUGUGGUAAGUAGAAUUGGUCAAAUUGGUUGCACACCAGUAUNUGUUGUAAGGACACCAUAUUCCCAAAAAUGCAAUGAAGAUAUAAAUCAGAAGGUUAAACACUACUCAAACAAACUCCCUGGGAAGCUACAAGAUUUGCAAACUCAACUCUCACAUUCACACUUUAUUAAUUUGGAUAAUUACAAUUUCACCCAGAAAAUAAGAAAUUCUCCUAAAAACUAUGGGUUUAGAUAUAUUUUUGACUCUUGUGUCCAAGGAAGGAAACCUUGUGCAAACCGGAAUGAAUAUUAUUUUUUUGACUUUGCUCACCCUACUGAAGCUACAAAUAAAAUAUAUGCAAAUGAGUGCUUUAGUGGAACCCAAUUGUGCCUUCCUUACAAUAUUAUGAAAUUAAUUCAUGCAAAUUAA